AAGCCGAUUGGGCUCGGGUGUCAGGGGGCGGCCGCUUGCUGGUCACUGGCAAUGUUUUCCCCUCUCUCCGCUUUCCCGCCCAGCUUCGCCCCCUCCUCCGCCCUCCGCUCUCGCGCCCCUGUGGCUGCGGGCGCGUCGGCGCGGCCGAGGCGGUGAUGGCGGCCGGCGGCGCUGCGGCAACCAGCGCCGCAGCGCCCCCGCGGUCGCAGUCUGCGGAGCUGCAGGCGCCGUCGCUGCCGAUGCCGAUAGGGCGACGGCCGCUCGCAGGGAGCGCGCGAACAGCGCGCCUCUGCCGCAGCGGCCACCGCCCGAGCACGGCUGGCAGCGGCGCUCAGCAGGCGGAAGGCGGCAGGGCCGCGGCGCCGCCGCCGACGCCGUCCCUCGGGACGCCGCCUGCAGCGCCGCCGCCGCCGCAGAGCGCGCUCGGCCUGCACACGUCGGCGCUCGGCGCCGACGCCUCCCGAGAGCAGCGGUGGGAGGCCUUCCAGAGCCAGCUGCACAGGCGCCGGCCGCGCCCCACCUCGGCGCCCGCGGGAGCCGCUCCUGGAUGGGGCCCACGGCUUGGCGGCGAGAGCACAGAAGCACAGCCCAGCAGAGCCCAGCGCCACCCGUGCACCUCUGCGCCCGCCACGCCCCGCGCCGGUGCACCUCCGCGCCCGCGGUCCGCCGCACCGGCGGGCCCCGCAGCCCUGCCGCGCCAGACCUCGCCGACGCCCGCGGAGGGCCAGGCAGCCUCGCCGCGCCAGCCCGCGCCGACGCCCGCGGAGCGCCGCCCCCUGCCGGCGCCGCAGGGCGGAGGGCGCACGGCGGCGCCAACCUGCAGGGGAGGCCAGCUGGGAGAGGGGCAGGCUUCCGCGCCCAGCGCCCCGGCGCGCCCCGCCACCGCGGGGCGCGCACCCGCGAGGCCGACGGAGGCGGCGCCACUGGGCCUCCGCUUGCCCAAGGAGUACGCCAGGCGGUCUCGGCCCACGACAGCCAGGAGGGGUUGCUCCAAGCAUGCCAACGUCGGGCGGCCGCGGCCGAGGAGCCCGCCGGCAUCCGCGCGUGGUGGCGCCGGGCCCGCGGCGGAGGCGCUGCUGUCUGCGUGCAGCAGCAGGAUGCCAGGCCACUUGGCGGAGGCCGCGCGCACGGGCUGCAAGCUGGACGUGGACCCGCAGGCAUCGCUGCGCCCCCUCGUCGGCAGCUCUCGCGGCUGCGCCGCGGAGCUGCACCUGCGCGAGUGGCUCUCGUGGAUGGGGGGCUCUGAGACCGCCGCCGCAGACGGAGGCCACCAGCUGGCGCUGGCGUCGACGUCCCAGGAUCUGUUGUCCCCGCGGAAGCCGUCACCCGGGGGCCCCGGCUGCGCUGGGCAGGCCAGCAGCACAGCUGGCGGCGAAGAGGGCCUGCGGCACGGCCCGAGAGAUGGCACCGCAGCGCGCUUCGGGCAGGCAUCGGGCCCGGGCCCAGGGCCCCGCAAGGUAGCGCGCCUCUCGUUCUUAGGCAACGGCCAUGCUGCUGGCGCGCUUGCCAGGAAAGGCCACCAGGGACAGCGCCGGGCGACCAUCAGCUCGCCUCGCGAGAAUGUCGAGAGCCGGGACGACGCUUACACGAGCAUCUCCAAGAUCGCUGGAACCAGAGCCAUGGAGAUGCUACGUGGCGAGCCCAACCGCACUUUGGCGCCAAAAACGAUGCGGUUCAAGGCCCUGGCCGAGGUGGUCGAAGCAGCGAUGGCCUCCCACCGGGCAGGCCAGCUCGGGAACACGGUGUUAGCGAAGAGGGGCUCCCACUCCAGGCGCAACUCCAUCGGCGCCCCAAAGAGGCGCAACUCCACCGACGCCAGGCUUUUGGCACCUCGGAUUGAGGAGGACGCCCUUGGCAACCUCGUGGUGAGAAGGAGGGCCAGCGAUGUUCGUACGUUCCUGGAGGACCCAGACGAGCUGUUCGACCAGUUCCAGCACGACAAGGAGAUGCACCGCGACAAGCUGCAAAUGGCCCUGGAGCGCGCUGGGGUCCUGUGCGUGCGCCGGGAGUGGAUCGACGAGAUCUUCGAGGGAAUCACCAAGUACACGGUGCUCGACCGAGAGGAGUUCGAGGACUUCGUGGAACGCUACCAGAGCAGGGUCUACCAGGAGUACGAGACCGCGUUCGCAAACUGCGACUUCAAGAACAGCCGUCAGGUGCCGGUGACCUCUUUUUCCAACAUCCUUGCAUUUCUGGGCGUCACUGUGACCGACGCCGUCAUCAAGGACACCGCCAAAGAGGUCGAUCAAGGCAAUUUGGGGCAGAUAGACAUGCAGCAAUUGGAACAAUUCAUGGCGAUGCUCUGCCUCCAGCAGGGCUUCAGCAAACGGGAGUACACUCGCAUCAUGAACGCAUUCAGCCACUUCGACCUCGAUCGGUCUAGCAGCCUUGACACAUCGGAGAUCGCGGAGAUCUUAAGUUACCUGAACUACGCGAUCCUACCCGACAACAUCGCCAACAUCGUGAAGGAGAUGGGCGCGGAAGAGGACAGCCAGCUCAGCAGGUCUGAGUUUCUGGUCUUCAUGCGGAAGGUGCGGGAGUUUGAGGUAACGAAGAUCUCGGAGUGUCUGGCGAGGCCCGACGCGCCGACCAGCAAGCUCGAGCUCCUGCAGUUCGCGAUGCGCAGCCUCAACUACGUUGCCGACCUGGACGUUAUCUGGAGGUGGCAGAAGAGGCUGGGAUACGCCUGCCUGGCGAUGCGAACAAGAAUAUUAAUCGGCGCCCGACCACGCUUGUUCCCCAGGCAUCUCCAGCCGGAGGCCGAUCCACAAGAUUUGCCAAUGGCCCAGCCACCGUCAUCGAAGGCGAUGGCAUGAGGCGCGCCUCGCUCGCCACUACGUCCGCAUUCUCGUUCGACAACGUGGGCGGCGGGGACGGAGGCCGAAACGUGGCCUCCUCCAGGCGGAAGUCCGUGCGCGAGAUGCGUGCCUUGCCUACGCCGACGUCGCCGGUGCGGUCCAGGGGGCCUUCGAAGGAGGCGGUGCAGGCUGCGGAGGAAGAGGCGAACUCGGCGCCCACCCUCAGCGAGGUGUGGGAGUUCUUGGAGGUCUUCCGCGCCCGCGAGGGGUUUACGAGGGUGGAGUGCGACGAAAUCGAGGCGGUCUUCGGCCAGUACCUGGCUUCGUCGGACGCGAACGGAGAGAUCAGCACGCUGGAUGCCGGCAGGGCGCUGCAGUGGCUCGGGCACGAGUCGCCGUACGAGGUUCUCCAGCAGCUCGUCAGCCAGGUGGACAUCGAUGGUUCAGGCCGCCUGUCCCUUCGCGAGUUCAAGAAGCUGGUGCGGAAGCACCGGGAGCGACAGUUCAAGCAGGUCCGCUCCGUGCUGGAAGAGGCUGGGAUCAAUGCCGACCAGAGCCUCGUAUCCACACAGGAUUGGAAGGCGGCCAGCAUGGCCAUGUCUAGGGGCAUCUCACCCGCGCACACGGGUGACCCGCACAACCCGCGCACAGGGCAGCUGCUCAGCGGAAGGGCGUCCAAGCGUUCGGUGGGUUCGGGCGCCUCGAACCAGGACGUCGUCGAAGCGAUGCGGACCUUUGGGACUCCCAAGGGUCUGCAAAGGACGAGCUUCGUCUCUUCGCUGGGGGGGAAGGAUGCGACGUCGCACUCGAAUCUCCGCCUCAGGUUCAGGGAUCAUGAUGACGACGGGGAUGGCAAGCUGACUACGGAGCAGCUCUACAGCUUGUGCUUGUCGGAAUACGCAGACGUGCACGACCCCGCCCUGAGCGUCGAGAUGAAGAAGCUGUUGGAUGAGGCCGUUCUGGAGGCGUCAGACGGCUUCACCUUCAAAGAUGUGCAGCGAGUGAUGCAGCGAUUCUACGACUGGAAGUUGAAGAUGAAAUUGAUCAAGGAGCAGCAGGUUGUGGAGGGGUGCAGCUUCACCUUGACCCAGGUCCGCGGUUUCCGCGAGGUCUUCAAUGCCAUCGACACUGAGGCCAACGGUUUCAUCAGCUUCGACGCCUUUGGGAGCAUGCUGACACGCAUCUCACCGAUGAACAAUAGGCUAGCGAAGCAGCUGGCCGAGGUUUGGGUCCGAAUGCUCCCCCCCAGCCAAGUUCGUGAGGGCGCUGAUUUUCCAGACUUCCUGCGCCUCAUGGAACAUCUGCUCGAGGAGAAUUUCGCAGACAUCAAAGGCAAAACUGCUCAUUACGGCUUAACGUAAGCGGUACUCAUCGGCGAGAGAGUCGAGAUUGAGUGCAUUGUGAGGCGAGGCGCGUAGGGUCUGUGACCUGCAGGUGCUGUACGUGCGCGAUUUGACAGCCUGAGGCAGACGUCUGAGCAAUUCAACUCACAGAUGAACAUCUGCGCUCGAGCUUGACAAGCCCGACGAUCUCGAGGUUAAGCGGGCUGAGACCUCCUGUCACCGAAGACGCGACGAGCAUCCGUGAGCAGCUGCUGCGGCUGCUGCUGCUGCUGCUGCACGGGGCCCUCGCCAGACCAAGGUCUGAUUUCAGUGCCCGCACUGGCGUGCCGUGCCGCUCGGCGGUGCACAUUCGGGACAAGAUGUUCCAACGUGUUCGCAUGUGUUUUUUUUUCAGUCGGUAUUCGCAUAUGCUGUUGGCAGUCGUCUCCAUUCAACGAUGUUGUCUGCUCCGCUGCUGAAUUGGCAGUACGAGUGCUAAACUUGGGCUACGGCUUGGUGGCCGCCCAGCCUGAGACGUCUUUGACCCCCUGCGUCCCUUUCCGCAGAAUUGCCGCCCCGAGGCGACCUCUGGAGGCCCAAGAAGUCCACUCCGCCUCCGCCCAGCCUGAUCGCGGUGCUCUCGAUACCGCCCCCACUCUGCUGAUUCUGCUGGGGAACGAUUUAUUAAUACCCCCUGGCGCGCGCGCGGCUAAAUUUCCCUUGUGCAGUUGCCUCCGAGAUGGCUGCCUAGCUUCCCUUCUCUCCCUCUCUUCUUGAAUGGUUGUGCACUUGAAUAUGAUCAACACAACAUUUGCCCAUCAUGUUGUUUCACAUCGCACGUGCUUCCUGGAGUGCCCGUGUCACGCGUGUGUCUCAGCGAGCCCGACCGCCCUCAAGGGUCCCGGGCGCGGGUGAGCCCCGCAUCGCUGCAUCCGCAUCCGCAUCCCUGGCGCGCGCGCGUGCAAUACAACCUUCGGAGCUCAACCAAGGAAUCGAGAACAACUUCGCCGAGAUCGCGGGUCUCAGGGCACAGCUGGAUGCCGUGGAGCAGUCUGUCGGAGGUGAGGGGAGCCCCCCUACCUAGAGUAUUAUCUCAUUUCCGCGAUGUGGCUACUCGACUGCUUGGGCUACUGCAGCAUAGACUUCGCAGCAUACUCGAACCGUUAGAGUAGAGACUCAACCAGUCUGCCGAACGUCUACGUUUUAUGGGUCGUCGACUCAGGACUUGCAGAACCAGGUUGUAGCAGAACGACCGCUUGAUAAAGGGCGCUCCCAAG